UAUUACAUUUCUGUUUUCAGGUUUAUAGCUAUAUGUAAAUCCCUGAUGUUAUCAAGUCUGUUCAAGUGGUGAACAAGUUGAAGAUGAGCAACAGUUCGGACUCAGCCUCCAACAGUCAUGCUGAGGAGCAAGCAGUCAAACAUCAUCCAAGUAAGAAGAAGGACUUUGUAGAGUUUGACGACAUGGUGUCGGUAGAGACAAGUCCAACUGGAAGGUUUCUGAAGUUUGCAGAUGAGAUAGGAAGCGGCUCUUUUAAGAGGGUUUACAGGGGUCUUGACACUGAGACUGGGGUAGCGGUUGCAUGGUGUGAGCUUCUGGAGAAGAACAAGUUCUCCAAGGAGGAACGUAAAAGGUUCAUAGACGAAGCAGAGAUGCUGAAGACUCUAAACCACCCAAACAUUAUCAAACUGCACGACUACUGGGACGACAACCUCAAGGUAUCUCCCAGGUUGUCCUGGUUACCGAGCUUAUGAGCUCUGGAACUCUUAAAGCGUAUUUAAAAGGAUUUAAGAAAGUUCGUCCCAAGAUUCUGAAGAGUUGGUGUCUGCAGAUACUGAAGGGUCUGGAGUUUCUUCACUCUCGUCACCCUCCGAUCAUACACAGAGAUUUAAAG